AUGGUUAAAGAAGAUCGUUCAACAUGGAAAGCAAAAUACACAAUGAGAUUAACACAAUAUUUGGAUGAAUAUCCGAAAUGUUUUAUUGUUGGAGUCGAUAAUGUUGGUUCAAAACAAAUGCAAAAGAUUCGUAUUUCACUGCGUGGUCAUGCAGUUGUAUUAAUGGGUAAAAAUACCAUGAUGCGUAAAGCAAUUCGUGGUCAAACAAGUAAAAAUUCAAAUUUGGAAAAAUUAAUACCACAUGUCUAUGAAAAUGUUGGAUUUAUAUUUACAAAAGAAGAUCUAAGUACAAUUCGAGAAAAAAUUCUUGAAAAUAAAGUAUGUAUUUAUUUUAUCGUUGCUGCCCCGGCUCGUGCAGGUGCACUUGCUCCUAUUGAUGUGUCAAUUCCAGCACAAGUAACAGGUUUAGGACCAGAAAAAACCAGUUUUUUUCAAGCUCUACAAAUACCAACAAAAAUUACAAGAGGAACAAUUGAAAUUAUCAAUGAUGUACAUUUGAUUAAAAUUGGUGAAAAAGUUGGAGCUAGUGAAGCAGCAUUAUUGAACAUGUUGAAUAUUUCACCAUUUAGUUAUGGUUUGAUUAUUCGUCAAGUUUAUGAUUCUGGUGCGUGUUUUAAUCCAUCAAUUCUCGAUAUAAAACCGGAAGAUCUUCGACAGAAAUUUCAAUUAGGUGUUCAACGUUUAGCCGCAUUUUCUCUGGCUAUUAAUUAUCCAAAUCAAGCAUCAGCUCCUCACUUGAUUAUGGGUGGAUUUAAACGUCUUUUAGCAUUAGCUGCGGAUACCGAUGUUGAAUUUGAACAAGCUAAAACAUUAAAAGAAUUUUUGAAAGAUCCGAGUAAAUUUACUGCAGCUGCCGCAGCUCCAGCAGCCCCGGCUGGUGGUAAAAAAGAUGAAGUGAAGCCAGAGCAGCAAAAACCUGUAGCAGCUGAUCCUGAAUCGGAUCCUGAAGAAGGUGGUUUUGAUAUAUUUGGUUAA